AUCGCUACGACUCGCAACCACAUAGAGCGUCUUUCGGAGCGAAAUACCGGGUUUAGCCUCCAGAGUUCGUCAGAAGACCCUGUUCACAUUGCUCGCAACGUCUUCUGGGGAACGAGCUCGUGUAACAAAACGACGGAGGAGAAACGAAACCCCGGAGCUUACUUCAAUCCGAACUCCGAUCUCUUCUCCUCAGGCACCGCGGAGCGAUCUCCGAAUUCCUCGAGCAAAAGCAACUCGAGCACGGUCUCAGAGCAUCCGUCUUCUAUGGCGAAGGAGACAAAUGUUGCAGCUGAUGAGCCAGUUGACGGGUCUCUCCUUAACAAAAAGAGUCAGGGAAGAGUUCCAAAGAAAAUACAUAAAGCGGAGAGAGAGAAACUUAAACGUGAGCAACUGAAUGAGCUCUUUCUCGAGCUGGGUCGUGUUCUUGAGCCAGCUCGACAGAAUAAUGGUAAGGCGACCAUACUGGUUGAUGCUUCUCGGAUACUGCGAGAUCUUCUUGCCCAAGUAGAAUCACUUAGAAAGGAAAAUGCCGAAUUGCUAACCGAAUCAAGCUAUGUUACUGCAGAGAAAAAUGAACUGAGAGACGAGAACACUGCUCUGCAGGCGGAAAUUGCAGAACUUCGAAAUGAGCUGCAAGUGAGAAUGAUGUCUGAUUCUGUGCGGACCAACAGCACGGACGUGAGCCCUCCAGCUUUGCCACAGCCUGUGAGCAUGGUGCUGCAGCAGCAGCCACCUGGCAUCAGACCAGUGCAGGGCACCCCCAUUCGAGAGCUCCAACUCUUUCCAGAGUCUGCGAGGACACUAACAGAGCCCAGACCUGCCUCCAAUGUGACGAGACCUCAUGCCCGGUAUCCAACUCCAUCCGACUCCUGGCCGGGGCAGCUCCUUUCCAGUCUUCCAAGAACAGCACAGGAAGAGCAUCAUCCUAGCAGUACCUGCAGCAGCAUCACAAUUAGCAGCAGGGAAGAAGGCUCAGAUAAAUCAUGAGCCAUCCGAGAGAAAUGCAACAGGAAAUUGAUAUAAUUCUUCCGAAUUAAUGCUCAGAGAGGCAUCACCCCAAAAAAUGAGGGUGCCAUUGAUGGUCCCCGAGCUAUCUGGAAAGUAAAAACAGUAUUUAUAAUUUGAGGGUGGCAUUCUGUUUAUUAUCAGAUUGAGGCUUCUCUUA